AUGCCUGUGCCUGUAUGGGAGAUCUGCUAUGCUGACCUAGCCAGUGUGAAUAGCCCUGAAGAAGAGCGGUUUGUUGUGUCGAAAAUUCGCGAGUCACGUGACUAUUCAACCAACGCCAUCUACUGGCUCGGCGGUCAAAUGCAGGGACCAGACGACUGGCAUUGGGUGGACAACUCACCAAUGACUUAUACUGCGUGGCUGAAGAAACCAGGUCUAUCUUCGUCGCUAGCAUGCUUGGGUAUGCAAUGGGCGAGUACACCAACACCUCUACUGCCUAGCGGGUUAUAUUGGCAGGCACAGGAUUGCAGCUCUAUUGGUGGCUAUGUCUGCAAGAAAGAGAAUCAAGUUUCAGGCACCGGCCUCAACCUGAACGGCACCGUGAACGGGACAGAGGGCCGACUGACCUCUCCCCGCUAUCCGGCCCCCUACUUCCACAACCUGGACUACUGGGUGAACAUCUCCGCACCUGAGGCACACCGCAUCGUCAUCCAUUUCACUCGACUCGACCUUGAGGCUCAGGCCCACUGCCUCUAUGAUUUCCUGCAGCUCGGGGACGCCAAUCGACGCACGCAGCCGAAGACGCUGUGCGGUCAUUAUGAUCCAGCUCAACUUGAAAGACUGAAUUUUGUAUCGGAGAGCAACGCGGCGAGCCUCCGGUUCCACUCUGACUACUCGAUAUCGGGAGGCGGCUACUCGCUGAUGUGGCACGCCGUGGAUGUGUCAGGGUGUCCGCUGCAGACUCUCACCGCCAAGGAGGGAGUCAUCACCAGCCCCAACUACCCCCAUUUCCUGCUUGCUCAUCUCGACUGUUCCACCACCAUACUGGCUCCUGCUGGCAGGAGAGUAUGGCUGGAGAUUACAGACUUCGACAUGAGUUUGCCGGAUGCUUUGCUAGAGCUUAGCCUGGGUGGUGGUACGGAGCGAAUUCAACCCUUCAUGAGGAAAGACCUGUUAUCAGAUGGCGUUUUUUUGUCGGUUGGAGAGCGGCUUCAAAUACGCCUGAAAACUGGUGACGAACCAAAAGGAAGAGGGUUCAGAGCUGUAUACAAAACCGUGAGCAGUGUUCACGAAGGCAGAGUGCUGGACCUUGGGAAUACUACGGGUGGAACUUUGAAUUGGGUCAAUUAUCCGCUGAAUCCGCCAUCGGAAGUGGACUUCACUGACAGACUUGUUGUGCCUCUCGGGAAGAUAAUUCACCUGCAGUUCUACAACACAGAGCCCAGUUUAUGGGACGACAUGGAAGGCAAGAAGUCGUGCGCGGAUGGCAUGGGUGAAAUCGAGGUGAAAGACACGUACGCCGACCCUAGCGGCAACGGCACAUGGUGGAAGCUGUGCGAAGCUCCUGGUCACGAGGAGGUCGUGCCUCUCUCGAUCACUUCCUACCUCAACACCAUCCAAAUUCGACAAAUUAACAGCUUGGCGAGGAGUGGAUCGAAGGGAAUCAAGCUCAACGUUUCCGUUAGUGUGCAGACAGACUUGAAUUACAAGGUGAAACUGCUGCAGAGUCCAACUGACAGCGCUGUUGAAUCAUGCAGACCCAAUCCGUGUCAGAAUGGAGGAAAAUGUGCCAGCAGCUCCAACAAGAAGUCUUGUCAAUGCAUCGGACAUUUUACUGGAAUGUUCUGCGCACUGACCGUUUGCGAGCUGGAGCCUUGCCUUCACGGACGUUGUGAGUUGACCGCGACAGGCUUCACAUGUCACUGCCUGCCAGGCUACAUCGGUGAGACGUGUGACACCAAGAAGAAGCCCUGUGCUGACAAGCCUUGCGAGGGACGCGGUGAAUGUAUCCCCAGGUCCGAUACAACCUUCUACUGCAGGUGUCAUGCUUGGUGGGAAGGUCCUAGAUGUGAAAGGCGGCUCAUGAUGAGGAUACCCUACAAGCCUCUCUCAGAAAGGAUGCUGCAGGAGCCGUUUUGGCUGGGUUUGAUCACAGUUACCGUGGUGCUUGGCGUUCUCGGACUUUUCUGGUGUGCCAAGAGGCACUUCCCUGAGAAACUCGAGAAACUGCUGGCUGAGGAAGCUGACAGGAAUAGGCAUUGUCUGGGCGUGACCGGUCGCACACCCUCUGUCCGCGAGCAGCUAGGCGGCGGCGCGGGACCGCUCUACACGUCGGGUGGCCAACUAGCGGUUCCCGGCGGCGGAAGCGGCAGUCUCGCAGGAGCGUCCGGCGGAGCCGCGGGGCGACAGGCGCUCCUCGCUCGCUGUUUGGCCGCCUCGGUAUCCGCAAACCCUCCCUGUUGA